AUGGCCGACCCUGCCCAGAGUACGCUCGGACGGACGCAAGAUGCUCUUGCCACGGCCACAGGCCUCUUUAUCCCUCCCAGCAUAGAUCGCUCCCGACUACUCGCCGGGGAGUCCUACUCUUACUACUCCCCGUGUCCACCCGCCAUCGCAACCUCUUUGCAGAACAACCUUGUUUUGGGUGUCGACGAGGCUGGGCGCGGUCCUGUUUUGGGCCCCAUGGUCUACAGCGCAUUCUACUUGCCACUUGACUUGCACCAUACCCUCCUCGCUCGGGAUUAUAGCUUCGAUGACAGCAAGGUUCUUACGCCCGGCUUGCGCGCCAAUCUAAUGAAGCUGCUGUGCUCCCCGGGAAACCCGCUCUACGAAUCAUGUGGGUGGGCCGUGAAGCUGCUUUCGGCGCGUGACAUCUCCUCCGGUAUGAUGCGGCCUGGGGCAGGCGCUUAUAACCUAAAUGCACAGGCCAUGGACGCUACCAUUGAACUCAUACGUGGGAUUGUCGAGAAUCAAAACAUGAACGUUCGAGAGGUAUAUAUCGACACGAUCGGGAACCCAGCAACCUAUCAGCAAAAACUCGAGAAGAUAUUUCCUUCCCUGAGGAUUACUGUGGCGAAGAAGGCAGACUCGCUGUAUCCGUGCGUGAGCGCUGCAAGCGUUGCUGCGAAGGUGACCAGGGAUGUUGCGUUGGAGCUCUGCCAUCAGAAGGUAUAUGAAAACUUUGUUGCGGAGGAUUUAUUGCAGGUGCCUGUGCCGCAAAGUUGGGGAAGUGGCUAUCCCUCCGAUUCCAAGUGUAUCAAUUGGCUAAGGGAAAAUAUGGACCCUAUUUUCGGAUGGGGCAACGAAUGCCGAUUCAGUUGGGGCACCGCAAAAGAAAUGCUCGAGUUAAAGGGAAGCUCAAAGGUCGACUGGCCUGGAUAUGAAGAGAAUACGCAGCUCAGGGACUUCUUGUUGACUUCCACCGGAAAUGCCACAAAGGCCGAGCACGAACUGCAGGGAUGGUACGGGUCGAGAUCCGCCGAGGUUCUCUCAUAA